CCGUACAGUACAUCAGCAGAAAGAGGCUGAGUCGCAGUCUUGCAAAAUCGUUGCACAAUUUACGAAAUAAACCUUUUCGGAAACACUGCAGCAUUUGUGACAGAUUGAAAACGUCUAUUGAACAUAAAAGAUGGCGCAGUGGUGCCAGCUUCAGAUGCUGGACUGUAAAUACCUGGAGCAGGUGGACCAGCUGUACGACGACUCCUUCCCCAUGGACAUCCGGCAGUAUCUGAGCAAGUGGAUCGAGAGCAUCGACUGGGACACGGUGGCGUAUCAGGACUCGCUGGCCACCGUUCGGUUCCACGACCUCCUCGCCCAGCUGGACGACCAGCACAGCCGCUUCGCUCUGGAGAACAACUUCCUGCUGCAGCACAACAUCCGCAAGAUCAAGAGGAACCUGCAGGAUCGGUUCCAGGAAGAUCCCGUCCACAUGGCCAUGAUCAUCUCCAGAAACCUGAAGGAGGAGCAGAAGAUCUUGGCCAGUGCAAAGAGCGCCGAGCAGGAGGGCGAGGGGACGGUGUCGGCCAUGGUGGUGGAGAAGCAGAAGCUGGACAACAACGUGAAGGAGAUGAAAGACAGCCUCCAGGUGGUGGAUCAGAACAUCAAGAACCUGGAAGACCUGCAGGACGAGUACGACUUCAGGAUCAACACACUGAAGAACAGAGAGAAUGAAAUGAACGGCAUGACGCCGAAGGAGCUGGAGAAGGAGAAGCUUACGAUUGGGAGGAUGUGCAUGGAGCUGAAAGCUAAACGUCAGGACGUGGUGCUGCAGCUGACCGACCUCCUGAACAUCACCCAGGCGCUGCUGACGGAGCUGAUCUCCGAGGAGCUGCCCGAGUGGAAGCAGCGGCAGCAGAUCGCCUGCAUCGGCGGCCCGCCCAACGCCUGCGUGGACCAGCUGCAGAACUGGUUCACGGCAGUGGCAGAGAGCCUCCAGCAGGUCCGUCAGCACCUGAAGAAGCUGCAGGAGUUGGAGCAGAAGUUCACCUACGACAGCGACCCCAUCACGCAGAAGAAAGCCUUCCUGGAGGGCCGAGCUCUGGAGCUCCUCAAGAACCUCCUCUCCAACUCGCUGGUCGUAGAGAGGCAGCCCUGCAUGCCCACCCACCCUCAGAGGCCGCUGGUGCUGAAAACAGGCGUCCAGUUUACCGUGAAACUCCGGUUCCUGGUGAAGCUGCAGGAGUUUAACUACCAGCUCAAGGUCAAAGCUGUGUUUGACAAGGACGUCACAGAUAAGAAAGGGUUUCGGAAGUUCAACAUUUUGGGAACGAACACCAAAGUCAUGAACAUGGAGGAGUCCAACGGCAGCCUGGCGGCAGAGUUCAGACAUCUGCAACUGAAGGAGCAGAAAGUAGCCGGCAACAGAACAAACGAGGGGCCUCUGAUCGUCACCGAGGAGCUUCACUCGCUCAGCUUCGAGUCCGAGCUGCAGCUCAACCAGUCUGGACUCGACAUCAAGCUGGAGGCCAUGUCUCUGCCUGUUGUCGUCAUCUCCAACGUCUGUCAGCUGCCCAGCGGCUGGGCCUCCAUCCUCUGGUACAACAUGCUCACCACCGAGCCCAAAAACCUGAAGUUCUUCCUCUCCCCUCCGCCGGCCAAGUGGUCCCAGCUGUCCGAGGUUCUCAGCUGGCAGUUCUCCUCCGUCACCAAGCGAGGCCUGAACCAGGAGCAGCUCAACAUGCUCGCCGACAAGCUGCUCGGAGCCAAAGCUCAGAGGAACCCAGAGGGACAGAUCCCCUGGACCAAGUUCUGCAAGCAGCAGAGUGCCAACGAGAAAGCUUUCCCGUUCUGGCUGUGGAUCGAAGGAAUCCUGGAUCUGAUUAAAAGACACCUGCUGUCCCUGUGGAAUGACGGCUCCAUCAUGGGCUUCAUCAGCAAGGAGAGGGAGAAGGCUCUGCUGAGCGACAAGUGUCCGGGAACCUUCCUGCUCAGGUUCAGUGAAAGCAGCAGAGAGGGCGCGAUCACCUUCACCUGGAUCGAACACGACGUCCACGAAAAGCCGGUUUAUCACUCCGUGGAGCCGUACACUAAGAAGGAGCUGAGCGCCGUUUCUCUGCCCGACAUCAUCCGAACCUACAAGGUGAUGGCGGCCGAGAACAUCCCAGAGAACCCGCUCCGCUUCCUCUACCCCAACAACCCCAAAGACAAGGCGUUUGGGAAGUACUACCCCAAACCCUCAGAGACUCAGGAGCCGAUGGACGUGGAGAACACGGACAAGAGCGGCUACAUGAAGACGGAGCUCAUAUCCGUGUCAGAAGUACAUCCGUCCAGGCUGCAGGACAACAUGAUGCCGAUGUCUCCCGACGACUACAAAGCCCUGGAGCAGUACGUCAGCCCCAGAGACAUCGAUGCUAUGGCCCACAAUCUGAUGGAACUCGGACAGUUUGACGUUCAGAUGAGUUCAGAGUUCCAAGACGAACACUGAAGACGAGUCCUUGUCCCACCUUCAUCCGGCUGCUCGCUGUACUUCUUCUCAGAGGUCUUGGCGUCGUGUGCGUCCCUGUAAGAGGACUUCACGACUGCAGCUCGCCACCUUGCAGAAACUGUACAGAAACAAAGAGGAGUUAUCUUCCUGAGAUCUGUCACUUUCUUUUGUACAUACACUGAAUUUCUUUUGUAUUAAAUGUGAAUUUCAGCUCCAAGGUGGCUCCUGCUGUCCAACAGUACAACGCAAUAAUGUGAUUCUGCAUGUUUUAUUUUAUGGAAAAUAAGCACCAGAGGACAACGGGAACACACUGAUUCCUAAUAGUCUGUAUUACAAGUUUGAGUUGCUUCUGCGGGGAACAAAUGAUUUUUAUUUAAGAAACUGACUUCAUGAUGGUUUAAACUUUACUAAUUAAUCAUUUUCUGAUCUGACUUUUCAACGUGUUGCAGUCCAGCAGAGCCCAUACGAAGCAAUGCGCAAGUUUAGUUAUAAUUGUGCUGUGUUUGGAUUAAAUCUGGAGAAAAUUCAAAUGGA